CUCCACUGAGCAAUAGAGGAAACUUACAAUGGCAGGUCCUCUGGUAAAGACGGCUGUUCUGCUGGCAGUGGUGUGUGGAGCUGUGGCUGAUGGAAGCUAUGCUUCCCGCGGUGGAAGCUUUGGAGGUGGAGCUGUUGGAGGUGGCAUCUCCGGAGGAGCAGGAGGUUUCGUAGGAGGAGGCAACUUCAUUGGAGGAGGAGGAGCAGGUGUUGGGGGAGGCAGCUUCAUCGGAGGAGGCGGAGGUCAUGGCGGCUUCGGCGGCGGCAGAGUUGAAGCAGGUCACCUCGUUGGACACGGUGUGCUCCCUGCAGGCGGCGCCGGCUACUCCGGAGGUGCUGUCGGAGGCCACGGUGGAAGUGCUGGAGGUUUCAUCGGAGGUGGAAGCUCUUUCGGAGGCUCCUUCGGAGGUUCCUUCGGAGGUGUCAGUUCAGUAGGAAGCUCUUUUGGAGGAUCUGGUGUUGGAGGUUCCUUCGGAGGCACUGUUGGCGGUGUAUCUUCUGGACACAUACUUCCUAUGUUGAGUAAAACGAGAAAAAGAUUAGACAGCUUUUUCCAGUCUGUGGGGUGCCACCACAGGGCACUUGGCACCUCAAGCGGCCUUGUUGAAGGAGCGAUCGACCGAGUAAAGGCAGCUAUUCUGCUGGGAGUGGUGUAUGGAGCUGUGGCUGAUAGAAGCUAUGCUUCCCGCGGUGGAAGCUUUGGAGGUGGAGCUGUUGGAGGCGGCGUCUCCGGAGGAGCAGGAGGUUUCGUAGGUGGAGGCAACUUUAUUGGAGGAGGAGGAGCAGGUGUUGGGGGAGGUAGCUUCAUCGGAGGAGGAGGAGGCCAUGGCGGCUUCGGCGGCGGCAGAGUUGAAGCAGGUCACCUCGUUGGACACGGUGUGCUCCCUGCAGGCGGCGCCGGCUUCUCCGGAGGUGCUGUCGGAGGCCACGGUGGAAGUGCUGGAGGUUUCAUCGGAGGUGGAAGCUCUUUCGGAGGCUCCGGUGUGGGAGGUUCCUUCGGAGGUGUCAGCUCAGUAGGAAGCUCUUUCGGAGGAUCUGGUGUUGGAGGUUCCUUCGGAGGCCCCGUUGGUGGUGUAUCUUCUGGACACGUUAGUGGAGGAUACGGCCGAUAA